AAGACCUCCUUUGGAAAGGAAAGAAGAUUUUGUCGCCGGAAAAAAGCGUCUUCUUAUUUUUGGUGUAAUCCGCAGUCAGUAUGCAGGAAGAAGAUAGAAAAGCCUUGCGAAGUAACAGAGAGGCAUUGUUGAGAGAUCUAGAAGCGAAACGAGUCGCAUCGCUGCUUUACUCAAGGGAAAUCUUUAGCGAAGAAGAUAAGGACAGUGUGAAUGCUAAGUCGACUCCAGCCGAACAGCGAGAAGAAGUUCUGGACAUUUUACCUCGGAAAGGACCUAAAGCCUUCAAUGCGUUCUGUAAUGUUUUGAAUGAAGUCUCUCCGCAUCUAGAAGCACUACUGCGACCUACUCAAGAAGACGGUAAGGCAGAUAUGUUGUUUUAAGUGAGAAUAUUGGUGAAGUCUAACUAUCCUACAGUUUCAGGUAGAUUUUUUGAUGGAAUGAAUGACUACAACUCCAUCUCAAAUGCAUAAAUAAGCUUACGUGGUCAUUUUCUACAAAUUUUUCCAGACCUUCUGCAAAUGGCGCGAUUUUUAUUUUUGUAUUUGAACUCUCGCGCUGUUUGAAGUCGGUUUAAUUGGCAUUUGAGAUAUAUGCGUGUCUAUAUAUUGCUAUUUCGAUUCAAUAAGACUUCACGUAAAAACUUAAAUCCUAUUAGCCUGCUAUCAAAAUAUUUUGCUGAAAAAGUGAAGGUGUUAGUUAUUUGUGCUGACUCAGAUCUGGCGUCAUGUCCGUUUGAAGAUAACUUCCAGAAUAAAGAGUUUUCUUGGAAGGAAAGGAUGUCUGGAAUAUUAUAAUUACCUUUGUCUUAGUUUAUGAAUCUUGAGAGUAUUCCUUUUCCUUGUCAGUCGAAGCCAUUAUCACGUACGAUGCGUGAUGUCAUUGAAUGUGCAAUGUUUUGUGAACAUGUGACGAGACAAAGGUAGUGUACUUGCUCAACUCUGUGAGCAGAAAUAGUUUUGUUUUUCUUGUUCUGUAUGAAAAUGCACGUGUUGGAAGAUUUUCAUGUAAUUUCUUUGGUUUUCCAGUCAAACCCCGUUAAUAUGGACACUGAAGAGGCCAUAAAAAGUGUUUGUAUUAUCAAAGUGUUCAGUUGAAUUUUGGAGAAAAUGUACAGGCUUUCUUUCCCCAGGGACAAAGCAAACUGUCCGUAAUAAUGAGAUAUCCGUAUAAACCGGGAGCCCAUAAUGCGGUGUUGGACUGUGUUUUUAGCGCAGAAAUGCCACUUAUCUGGAAGGUGUUGGAGCAUCCAAUAAUAGAUUUCAUGUUUGAUAAUAUAUUCCUCAACCUUCUCACUUUUUGAAUUAAAUAUAUUUUGUGUGAAGUGGAAUUAAAAUGUCCUUGACCUAAUAUAUUUUUAUUCAAUUCCUUAGCAUCAGAUGUGAGAAAAAUUAAAAUUAUCUUUCUUGAUUCUUUGUGGUGUACACAAUCUAACAAAAAGUCUUCUGUAAUACACGUAAAUACCUUAGUGUGGAAGUAGACUUCAAAACUCCUGUUGUCGGAGGUGGAUAUUGAUAUAUUGUAGGAUACCUUUGAAAUCUUUGUAAAGUAAAGGAAGUGUAAAUUAUUUUACCUAAACUAUGCACCAGCUCUACAAAACAAACCUCUUUUUCUUUACAGCCUCAUGUCUUAUAAUGGCACUGUUUUUCUCAACAAAUAGAGAAAGCCUUGAGAGCAAAGUUUAAAUGACCAUGUAACAAUAAUAUUUUUCAUGUUUAAUAGAUUUUUUUUAGAUUCAAAAUUCUUUUUCCAAGGCUAUGGUGCUGCAUCCAAGAAAAGACAUACCCAAUGCGUUAGUGGCACAAACAGGAAACUUCGUAUUUGGGUCCAGUGAGGUGCCUAAAUGAAUAAGAUCCUUUACUGGAACCAAUGUUAAGCUUUGUGUUCUUGAAACUGAUACCAAUUUUGACUUAAUCUGUUUAUUUAGACAUUUUUAAUGUUGUGAUAUAAUACAACAUUGUGGCAAAAGUUUAUGAUGAUGAAGGUUGAAGGCAAUUUGAACUUUUUCUCCUGCACCAGGCAUUUUUACUCAUGUGUGUGUUCUCAAUAGAACAGGACCUAAGAGUUGCCUGUUGUACUUUGUGUAGUGAGUUACGCAUGUAUAUGAGCCUCUAGAUUAAAAACUGAAUUCGUCAAUGAUCUUUUUUUUUUACCAGAUGAAGGUAUUGAUGGACCAGGCAGUACCGCACCUAUUCCUGCAUCUGGAGUCCCUUCAGGUAUAUUAAGCUAGAAAAUCAGAAAAGUGUUCAGAUAGAAAUCUUGCUUGUAAGGGCAAACGAAUUAACCUUUUAUUCAUUCCGUUAUUUUACAAGAGAUUAAUGAAAGAGCAUUGAAUUAAAUUAGUUAACUAUAUAUAACAAUGUCAGCUAGAACAGAAUCACCAUGUACUAUCACAGAAUCACCAUGUACUAUCACAUUAUGUCGCGCUAUUUGCAAUUCACAUGUCUGUAUGACGUACUCAGUAUGUUAAAAAUGAGAGAGUAACAGUCAAAUCCCUGGCACUGGAGAUGUAAUAUAACCUGGCCUCUCAGGCCCAGAAGAAGUUAGUAGACUGGUAAGUACUAGUGCCUAGUCCCACAUUUAGCAAAAUGGGUUUAUAGAUCAGACAGAAACAUUUUUGUCUGCCCUCCACCAUAUUGCUUUCAAAAAUCACAUAGUUGCAAGAGCAAAGUAAAAUUUGUGUUCGAUUUUGAAUAUGGAGAGAUAUGAAACUGCUCAAGAUGUGUGAGAUGAAGUAUGGAAUGAUUCCAGAGAAGAAAAUGUUUCCAAUAGUGACAGCAAUUUUAGUGAUUUUGAGGAGAUCUCUGGUGCAAAUGAGGAUGAUGAAAGCUUUGACUCUCAUGAUUCAGAGGCUAAAGUUUCCUUUGACAGUGAAAGAUUUUUUGUUGUAGUUGCAAAAAAUGUAUACCUGUUGUAUGUUACUUCUUAAUGCUUGGGUGUCAUUGGUACUUAAAAUGGGUAGUGUCUAAUUAAAAAAAAAGUUCAAUUUGUAUUGGCACAGGACUUCUCAAUGGGGUUGGCAGGGAAGGGGUUAAGAAACCCUUGUCAUAACACUAACCUGGGGUGGGAUGAAAAGGAGCAGAAGUGCCUCCAAAGACACUUAAUGUGUAGGUAAUAUGAACAAACUAGUAUGAUUUUAACAGGAGAACAGUAAAUUCUUUUUCCUCAAAGUUGAGGCAGCUCACGGGGUUGUCAAAAGUACCGACUGCUGGCAAAAAUUGCCGCCUACUUGGUUAGUAACGGCCAGCUACUCUGCUUGGCAUUUCUUUAUGGGUGGCGGUUUUUAAUAAAAUAUCUCUGGACUGGCCGCUUAGUUUGACAACUCCGCCGUCUACUACAAAACUUUCUGAUGACACUGAGCUCAUCAUGUGAGAAGAUUAUGAAAGAUAUCAGGCUGUAAAAUUUUAUAAGUCACCCCCCAAAGACAAAGUUCAACAUGAUCCUUGCCUUGUCGUCUUUUGCCGUAAAACAAGAAUGGUGAGCCCCUAUUUUAUUGGUGUUCUUAGUGGCUGUGGCUAGCUGUACAAGAAAAAUAUAUUUUAACGAGUAAAAAAUCUGGAUAGUAGAAGUUGCAUUAAUAAAUUACAUUUGUAGAUGUGAAUCACAUGAAACUCCCUGUUAAUUUGGAGCCACAGAGGAGUAUGAGGUCAUGUUAAAAACUGUUCAUUUUUCUUACAUUUUUUGCAAGAUCGGCUAAUAUGAAGUCACUUUACUGAAAACUUAUAGUCUAGACAAACAAAUGGGCUUAAGAAUUUAGGAAGAUUCACAGUUUUUGCAAAAUAACAGGAAUUUUAGACCGUUGUUCAAGUUUCAAACAUUUUGCACACAGCUGCAUGUAGGAAAAACCCAAAGAAUUACAGACACACAGGGUGAAAACAAGCACCCAUCUUUUCCUCACUUCUUUUGCUUAGUUUUGUUCUCUUGUCUAUGUACUAGGCUUCAUUUCAGUGCAAAAGUUUCCUUAAAAUGCCCAAAGAUCAUGAAAUUAUUUGAUAUGAAGUAUGGGUGUGUCCUGGAACAAGAUUUUUAUUGGAAUUUUUUAGUCAAUUUUACAUGGUUUUUGUGUUUUCUCUGGCCUGUUUGACCGAAUCAUAACCAUGAAUGAAGAAGGGGUCAAAGUUAUCUACGACUAUGGUGAGUGAUAAACCUGUUUAUCAGGAUUAAAUACAUGUGACGGAAGUUCAGCGCCAAGCCCAUGUAUAUAUGCAAGCUGCUGCCACGUGUCAGUCAUUAAGCGAUUCUAGCCAGCUGAUGCGUUGAACACGAUUGUAAGCUUUUCUUGUCUGUGGGAAUAAUUAUGGCGAGCUUUAACUUUGACACGUAGUGUAAGGCUACUAAAGUUACAGAAACGAGUGUGGAUAUCCUCAAGAAAGAGGAUCUCGAUACCGAGGAAGCCCUACAACUCCUCACUCCGAUGGAUUUAGAGAAAUUGGGGCUGAGCAUAGGGCAGAAAUGCGUUCUCGAAGUGGCACUGAAAAAGUUGUGAGUGUAUGGGACUCGAGGAGUUCAGCAAUUUUUAUUGUGUAAGCCAGUAAUCAGUGAUGGCGGUAGUGGGUGCUGACAGUUUUCCUGUUCGAAGGAGCUCGUGCAUAAUUCGUAAGUUUGCGGCAACCCACAAUAGAAAGGGUGACAUGUCUCAAGUGCUAAAAGUAUCAGGAACUGUAUGAAUUCAAAGAUUUAGCAAGGUCUAACUCAAUUUUGGACUGGCUUCUCAGACCGCUGUGAUAGUGGGGGAAAAAGCAACAGACAUGCGCAUUUUUUUGUACAUUUCCAUCUGGACUUGAAAGCUGUCCUAACAAAACAGCUUAUGCAUUCUUUGCAUUUUUGGAAAACCUGCCUGUUGGUCUUGUCAGACUUUAAUCCAGCUGACUUCCUUCAAGGAGACCUUACUACUUUUGGAAUGUGAUGGUACUCUGUGUUACCUAUGUUUAUUUGUUUCCUCGUAUUAGGUAAGUCCGUCCUUUUUUCUUGUUAAAUGCAAUUUUGUGUUUUAUUAUUAUUAUUAUUUAAUAUUAACAGUUUGUUUCUAUCUGUAAUAUUAAUAAACAAUCAUUUCUUUAGUUUUUUGAGACAUAAUGUGACAGAGUUGAAAACAACACAGUCAAACCUGUUUACAAUGGUCACCCUUAGGAAAUGGCAAGGUGACCGUUAUAUGCAGGGUGGCCGCUAUACAAAGGGCAACUUUGCACAAAAAGUAAGAGACAACUGAAAAUUUUGGGAAGUUGUCCGGUGACCAUAAUAUACAGGGUGACCACUAACUACAGGGCCAUUAUAUCUGUGUACAGGGUUGACUUUACUUUUGUUACUUAAUAUGAUAACUGCGUGCCUGCUUGUUAUGAUGAAUUAGGCCCUGUCCACACCAAUCCAGACAUUUUUGAAGCUGCAUAUUUUUUCACCGAAAAUUGUGUGGAUUAAACCAUUCUGGAGAUCAGUGUCAAAAUAUGUGGUUUCAGUGAGCAGUUUAAAUGGUUUUGUGUGGGUGAAAGGCCAAUUUGUGCAAAAAAAAUGUAGUUUCAAAGAUAUCCAAAUUCGUGUUGAUGAGGUCUUAAUGAAUGUGGGGAAAAAGGAGACAAAGAAGAUGCAAAACCUCUUAUACUGUAACUUCUUUUGUCUGUGCACCCCUAGGUACAGAGUAGCACUCUGGACAGUAACAUGGAUUUGUUUAGUAACUGCAUUGGAGCUUGCCGCAACCUGCAGACUCCUCCUGAGGGCCUUGUUGUUUGAAAGGCAAUGAAUGCUAAUCUGGGAUUAAAAAUUCACCAAGCUUUGGUUUCUCUAUUUUGAAAUUGUUGGUCAUGAUUAUGAAGUUGGUCAAAAUUGAAAGUGUAGUAUAUAAUUAGGAUAAAGUUCCUUAGAAUGUAUGUACACAAGGUAGUAAAGAUAUUCAUCUCUGAAUAAAUAGAUCAUUCUUCUGUCUGUUUCAAGGUUGUUAAUGUGCUUAAUUUGUGCCUUUGUACAGUAUUAGAGGUAACAGAGUACAUUUCAGAUUCAAUGUGGGCAGUUAAUCACCUUUCAAACAAUCAGUCAUCACAGGAGGAAAUUUAGUUAACAAUGCAGGAACUAAUCGUACUUAUCCUGAGAAGACAAGUCAUCCAAAUUAAAACAACAUUUUCUUAUUACCAAUGUAGUGUAAAAUGUGAGAAGCAAUGCAAUGUUUCUGCAGUAAAUUAAAGCAUAAUUAAGUUAUCUGUUUGUGGAUCAAGUUAACCUCUUGUGGUUUUAAUCAUAAAAGGAUCUACAAAUGCAAUGAAGCUGUUAUCUUGGAGCUUGAUAAAAUACAUUAUUUUCUGUUGAAAACAGUAAUAAAAACUAAGCAAAUCUAUACUGCAACCCUGUUCCAUAAAUUUGUUGUAAACACACAUAGUUUACUAGGGAGUGUGGCUGCCUAAUUUAAUUAGACUGAAAAAUAGAAUAAAGCAUUCCUAAAAAAUAGUUCAGAGCACCUUUACAUCACAUAGACUCAUGUUGAGUGGUAUUUUGAAUUGCAGAAGAAUUUGAUGAAGUUGACAGUCCACCUGGACCUGGGAGCCAUGAGCUUGAUCAUUCAUCAGGCGAGCAUGAUGAUAUCUUAAGGUACAAGAUGAGUCGCUCACCCAGAGGAAUAGCUGUCAUCAUAAACAACAAGAAGUUCCUUGAAUCAUCAGGGCAACAUAUGGCUCAACGCGGAGGCACAGAUAUUGAUCGUGAUGCUCUGAACAAGCUUUUCAAGAAACUUCAGUUUAAGGUGGAAGUUCACAACAAUCAGACCAAAGCUGAGAUUUUGCGGAUUGUAAGAGAAAAAGCAACUUCCGACCAUUCACUUUAUGAUGCUUUUAUUUUUGCUAUCUUGACACAUGGAGAGGAGGGUUUGGUGUAUGGUAUAGAUGGUACUUUAAGGAUAAGAGAAAUUACCUCCAAGUUCAAGAAUAACAAAACCCUGGCUGGCAAACCAAAGAUCUUCUUUUUCCAAGCUUGUCAAGGUGAGGAGAAGUAUACUAUUGCCUUUCUGCAUUCAAUUUGUUAUCUCUAUCAUGAGUCCCCUCUCCUUUAAUUUAACUACAUUUUUGUGGUGACAAAUAGACAAACAGAAUUCAGUUGUGAGUAUCAUUUAAUAGGAUAUCAUACACAGUAUUCAAACACACACAUAGUUGUUCUUUUUUAAUGACUUUUAAUAGAUAAUGUUACUCUCAGAUUGUCAGAUUGUCAGAUUGUCAGCCAACUGAUUUUGUCAAGCUUACAUUAUUAUACCCGGACAUUUUAACAGAGAUUAAAAAAUAAUUCUGGCAAUGGGUAGUCCAAACUGUGGUUGUUGGUCAUACUUAUGGGGUCCAUGGUCAUAUAGCUAGGUUCUGCCAUAGGCUUCUUGUGAUUUUCAAAACUCGUCUUGUUGAAACCUCCUUAUACUUACUGUAGAGGAUGAUAAGCAUUUUUUAUUCUCAUGCAAAUAAAAGUCAUUUUCCCAAGUGAGAGUUUUUGGAACUCGGAAAUGGCCUAUUAAAUAUACUCGGCAUAUAUUUUGAAAUUGUAGGUCAGGAAUUUAUGGAUGGAAUGGAUGUGUUUGAUGCCCCCCUGCAGCCUGAUCCACAAGUUUCUGUACCUGUAGAGGCUGACUUCAUCUUUGCUUACUCCACUGUGCCUGGCUAUUACUCUUGGAGAAAUAGUACUGAAGGAUCUUGGUUCAUUCAGUCAGUAGUUGAGGUGUUUAAUAAGUAUUGCUAUCAUAUGGAUAUCCUGCAAAUGCUCACUAAAGUGAGUGCAUUGGUAUCCAAUUACAAGUCACGAAACAAUUUUGCACCUAACAAGAGGCAGGUGUCUUCUACAGUGUCAAUGCUGAGAAAAGACUUGUAUUUCUUCCCUGAAAAGGUUACUGAGUCUAGCAAUAAUGUUGAUGACACCUCAGAAUGUAGAGUGGCUUAAACUUUUUACUCCCAAGAGCACCAAAUGUAGAAUUUCCUUAAAAAUCCAAAAAUCUGUGAGACAUCAAGGUCAGAGCUGUCACUUAGAUUUCAAGUUACUGGGUAUAUGCAAUUAUUUGACACAGAAUUUAACAGCUAGAAAUUUUUUGAACUGGUUUAUUUUAUGUAUGUUUCCUAUAAAGGUAGCCAGG